AUGGGUCGCCGUCGGAGUCCACAGUCGGCCUAUCAGCCGUACGUCAAGCGGAGCGGUCUGACAAGCGUCAAAGCUACUUCAUUCUUUCUGUACCUGGGUCUCGGAGCUGUUCUGCCUUUCCUCAAUGAGCAUCUCGCUCAACAGGGACUAAACGGCGAGGAGCGGCUGCUAGUGGAAGCGAUCUCCGCUUUGGCCACAUGCGGUCUCCCCCUGCUAUUAGUCAGGACCGCAGAGCAUGUUGGAUGUCACCGAGGAAGUUUCUUCAUCGCGAUUCUGAUCUCCGCCCUCGUUUACCCAGCUUCACUAUUCGUGCCCAAAGUCGAACGUACACCACAGGAUCCGAUUCUCGAAUUCGACUGUCGGGAAGGGCUGAUUGUGGAGCGCUGCCCCUCAUGGACUUCAUGUGCGGAAUCUGACCUGAAUCCGAAGGGCGCCGCUCAUUUCCGUCUCACGGACUGCCGUGUGAGGUGUCGUCCGGAUGACGAAGCCAUCAAUUUCGGACCGAUCAAUGUCUGCUUUCAACCCAAUAAUGAAGGUCUAUUUCCAGCUCAACACUGCCACGUCAUGGAGCGAGGAAACUCGUCCGUAAGCUUCACGUCUACUUUCUUGCCGUCAACCGCACGCUCUCUAGCUUGGACACCUGCAGACCCACAGGAUAUGCAGGCAGUAUGCGGAUUUGAUCUCAUGUCUCCCAUACAUUACAACGGCAAACAAUAUAAUGAAAUCAGCUGUCGUAGCGCGACUUCGAGCUGCGUGCGCUGUAAAGUCUCAAUAGCGGACUCUAAUGGAAAGCAAAUGAAGGCAGCUUCUUGUAUCCAAGAAAUCGGGGACCCUCAACUAACUCUGUGGUUGACCUUGACUCUGCGUUGUUUGGGCGAUGCGUUCGCACUAUCGGCGGUGGUUCUUCUGGAUCUCCUUGCCCUAGACGCCUCGCGGGAUUCCAUGACAAAACUCGGCUGUGUCCGCGCUUGGUGCUGUCUUGGAGGAGCCAUCGGGGCGGUUUCUUCAGGAUUCUUGAACGAUUAUUUCAAAAUUCACGUCCCCGGCUUCCAGUGGGCCCCUCCGGCCGUCAUCUUCACAGGCUGCUGCAUCGUUGUCGAAUCUCUGGCUUGUUGUCUCCUGCGACCCGUCGAGGGGAUUUCUUCGUUCUUCGUGGAUCACGGCUCUCAGCAUCGCCGGUUAUGGUCGGGGGAAUUGAUAAUCCUCCUGUUCUUGGUGUCCAUCCUCGGCAUCGAUAUUUGCUUGUUGGAGGGCCAUGUGAAACCCUGGUAUCUGACGAUGGGCGCGACCCAUUUCGAUUUGGGCCUCAGUUGGACCGUUCCUCUCUUGAUUGCGGUUCCGCUCAUGACAGCUGCGGACACUCUCUUGAAGGGAACGGGACGAAUAAACUUGAUAGUUUUCGCUUCACUUUUUUACGCGACGCGAAUGGGUGGUGUCUCAUUCAUCAGGUGCCUACGCUGGGCGGUACCAUUCGAAAUCUUGGCUUGCUUGACGGGUCCCGUGUUCUGGCUGGCGGUCGUUUCUUACAGUAGAAAAAUCUCUAGACCGGCCAACCGUUCCACAGUGCACGCUCUGCUCAACGUGGCUCAUUUCGGAGUGGGACGUCUCCUGUGCCUGGUGAUCGCAGCGUUUUCGAUCGAUAUGAUCGGUUUGCGAUGGACGCUCCGACUCGCGGCUACAGCCACCGCCGGCUUGGGGUUAACUUUCUAUAAUGUUUACCACUGUUGUGUCAGAGUCGCGCGGAUCCGGAGACUCCAACGGAGAAGUCAUCUCCAUCGACAACUAACAGGGGACAAUGGACAGUGGUAUCCUGACAGCGUGCAGGGCGAACAUAAUUGGCCCAUCAUCGAGCCGGUUCCUCCCUUGCUGAGACCGCGAUCGGCGUUGGCCAUACCUUCGGCCUAUGAUUCCGACGAAUCCGAAUACGAGUAUUCGUUGGGUUAUAAGAGUUUGUCCAGGUCGACAUCACGUCUUCCCCGACAGAGCCAAAUAUGA